UAGAGAGAGAAAUUCAUUCCAUAAAACAGUAAAAAAAUGUCGUUACCGAAACCGGAAUUCAAUAACAAGAAGUUUCCGCCGAUCGAAAAAUGCGAUAUCUCCGUCGUUAGUCAUCGAUCCGUUGCGGCGGAUCUCGACGGAACUUUGUUGAAAGCGAGUUCUGCUUUUCCUUACUACAUGCUUGUAGCGAUUGAGGCCGGCAGUCUCCUGCGCGGCCUCAUUCUGUUACUUUCGUUUCCGAUCGUCGCGAUUGCUUAUAUUUUUGUCUCGGAAGCUUUAGCUAUCCAGAUGUUGAUAUUCAUAUCGUUCUCAGGACUCAAGGUGAAGGAUAUUGAGUUGGCGUCACGAGCUGUUCUGCCGCGAUUUUACGCGGCAGAUGUGAGGAGUGAUAGUUAUGAAGUGUUUGAUAAGUGUGAAAGGAAAGUGGUUGUGACGGCGAAUCCGACGGUGAUGGUGGAUGCGUUUGUCAAGGAUUAUCUGGGAGGGGAGAAGGUGUUGGGGACUGAGAUUGAGGUGAACCACAAAACCGGAAAAGCGACUGGGUUUGUCAAGGAGCCUGGUGUUUUGGUUGGGAAAUGGAAGAAGAUUGCCAUUCUCAAGGAGUUUGGUGACGAUUCUCCGGAUAUCGGACUCGGUGAUCGGAAAUCGGAUCACGAUUUCAUGUCUGUUUGCAAGGAAGGUUUUAUGGUUCCAAAAGACAAAUCUGCAAGCAUAGUCUCGCCCGAUCGCCUUAAGACCCGAUUGAUCUUCCAUGAUGGUCGACUAGUUCAGAGGCCCGACCCGUUUAAUGCUUUGAUCACCUUUAUCUGGCUGCCAUUUGGGUUCAUUCUGUCACUUAUCCGUGUUUACUUCAAUCUUCCAUUGCCUGAACGAAUUGUGCGUUACACUUAUGGUAUGCUUGGAAUCAAGCUGGUAAUUCGUGGGAACCCACCUCCUGCCCCAUCUCCAGGGACCCCAGGAAAUCUAUAUGUCUGCAAUCACCGUACAGCUCUUGACCCGAUAAUCAUUGCCAUUGCUCUUGGACGAAAACCAUUCUGUGUCACAUAUAGUGUAAGCAAACUCUCAAGAUUCAUGUCUCCAAUACCAGCUAUUGCUUUGACCCGUGACCGAGAAGCAGAUGCUGCCCGCAUCAAAGAAUUGCUGCAAAAAGGUGAUCUGGUGGUCUGCCCAGAAGGGACCACUUGUCGUGAGCCUUUCUUGUUACGUUUCAGUGCCUUGUUUGCGGAAUUAAGUGAUAGGAUUGUCCCCGUGGCUAUGAACCUUAAACAGAACAUGUUCCAUGGAACAACAGUUCGUGGUGUUAAAUUCUGGGACCCAUAUUUCUUUUUCAUGAAUCCAAGUCCCACGUAUGAGAUCACAUUCCUUGAGCGUUUGCCUGAGGAAAUGACGGUAAAGGGAGGCGGAAAAACUUCAUUCGAGGUAGCGAAUCAUGUGCAGAAAGUAUUGGGGGGUGUAUUAGGAUUUGAAUGCACCAAUUUGACAAGGAAAGACAAGUAUUUGUUGCUUGGUGGGAAUGAUGGGAAGGUGGAGUCAAUGUAUGGCAAGAAAUGAGAAUGAUCCAAUUUUUAGUUAGUCAAGAAAACUGGUGGUUAUUGACUACGUACUUGUUUACUGGGUGAUUCUUAUAUUUGAAUUUGCUCAUGAAAAACUCUCUUUAGAUUCUUUUAACUGUGAUGAAUAUUCCUUUGCGUAUUACUAUAUGUUAAUUUGUUCAUCUAUCAUCUUUGAGCAAAUAAAAAUUGGAUAUUUUUUUCUA